AUGGCUUCUUCAUCUGAAAGAGAAUCUGACUGUAGUGAUAAGAAGUCAAGUAAACCUUCAGUGGACACAAGACCUAAAACAAGCGAAGGUCGUGCAGUGAAAAAUGAAGCAGCAAUAGCUCAUGUGGAAUGUCCUGCAGCAGGCAAUGAAGUGCUGCUUCAAGAAGAAAUUAACAACUUAAACAAGAGAACAAAACGGAGCAGGUGUGUGAAACCCAAGAAAAGAAAGUUGGGCGAAAGAAAGCAGGAGUGUGAAGACAGAUCACUAGUGAAAAAAGAAGCAAGGAAUGUAUCAUCAGAUCAACCCGUCCUGCCUGCCCUGCCUCGCAUUCCUCUUAGAGGUCUGGUGGAUGUAGAAAUGAAGUUAGUCUAUGAAGAUGAGCAGAACAUUGCACUGCAGUUCAUGAAGUCUCGAACCUCAUCAGAUUCACAAUUAGUGGAUCAAACUGCUGAAAUAGAUUCUCCGCGUAGAUCUAAUCUCAGUCUUCUGCCUCAGAUUAACAAAUGGCUUCAAGUAGCCUUACAGGAUGCCAGCUCAUACUACAAGCAGAAGAAAUAUGUAAUAGCAGCAAAUCGGUUCACAAGAGCACUUGAGCUCUGCUCUAAAGGCCUGGUUGUGGAAACCCCCUUUGAGGCAGACUAUGAAGACAUCUCCAAGGUUGCCAGCUUCAUUGAAUCUAAACUUGUCAUCUGCUUCUUGCGAAUGAAAAGACCUGACUUAGCUCUUAAUCAUUCCCACAGGAGCAUACACCUAAAUCCAGUCGAUUACCAGCAUCACCUUCGUCAGGCAACAGUGUUCAGAUUAUUGGCACGUUACUCUGAGGCUGGAAGGAGUGCCAUGAUUGCUGACUACAUGUACUGGCUGUCCGGAGGCAGUGAACAACAUAUAAGCAAGCUCAUCAAACUGUAUUGGCAGGCAAUGUUGGAAGAGGCCAUUACUAAGGCAAAUGCCUUCUCUGUCAUGUACACGCCAUGUACUGUGAAGCCCACAGCGGACUGCAUUGAGAAAACCAAGAACAUUUUCAGAAAACAGCAUCCUACAUAUACUGCAUACGUGUUCACAGAUCCUGCUGUUGUUCAUUGUUUGCCCCAGUCUACAAACUGGGGUUUGCCUGUCUCUCAACGAUACAUGAUAACCCUUGGAUUCAAGAAUCAAGAAGACGGGAGCUUCUUAGAAAAACUCUUAACUAGAAAGUGUCCAACUUUUACAGGGAGUAAAGCACCAUUUUGUCCACUUACAACAGAAGAAACUGAGAGGAGCAUUCAAACCUUAGGAAAACGGAUCCUGCCAGUGUUAGAUUUUAUUAAGUGCACAAAGUUAGCUGGGGGGUUCUGUGCAGGUUCAGGUAUAAUGGAGAAGCUGCUGUAUGCCGAUUACCUCUGCCGAUUGCAGCGUGUGAAGGAGCAGUCCCAGAUGAUUAAUCAAGCUCUGGCUGAAUUAGCAGCCAUCCCCUAUCUACAGGACAUCAGUCAGAAGGAGGCUGAACUGCUGCAUGCAUUAAUGGCAGACACCAUGGACACCCUUGAAGGAAGCCGGACUGAUAAAGAACGUGUUUGGAAUAAAAUGCAAACGGUUGGAUUAAUUGAAGAUCUUAUUUACCAAUCUGAAGAUGUCUUCCUAAGGAAUAAAGAACUACGGAUUGCUAGAAAGCAGAGGGCUAAAGUGAAGAGAACUCAGUGUGUGAAGACCCAGCCGUCACUAGAGAAUGCACAGCAAUCCCAAGACGUAUCCAAGAUGGCAGCGGGACAUUAAUGCACCCGGCGCCUGACAGUCGGGAUAACAAAGGCCUGUCUUCAAAUUAAUGAGGCGUCCCCUCACAAAAGCUCAUCUUUAGCAAGAAGCUCUCGCACAUCAUUAGUCUUAGCUGGCAGAAAUAAAUGGACUUCGAGAGCUUGGCUUCAUUCUUAUUUAGAUUUUUUUCCAUGUUUACUUUAAGAUACAUUGUCUCCCUUUCUGUGCCCCAGUUGAAAAAAAAACUGAGUAAUUCCAUUGGACAUAUUAUGUCAUUCAUUUAUUACAUGUAAAUGUAUUCCUCUUUUACAAAGCAUUGCAGUUUGCUAAAUUAGGUCUGCAAACCCGUUCAAAUUUACGUUUUUAACACGCCUUUGCGUGUUCAUAUAUGUGACUGAAAAGCAGGCCUAAAAUGUGGCAAACCUGCAUUUUUUUUUUUUUUUUUUUUUUAA